UGCCAGCAACAGAGCAGCUUCUUUCUUCUGUUAACAACAAGAAGAUCAGCCAGUGAUCGCCUCCCAAAACAACACCUCCCAACCCUCAGAAAACAAGUUUUUCCAGGCCUUCUGGUGUCUAUUGACGUUCCUUGAGGGAGCAGCCUUUCGCUACUGCCGCCACUUCACAUCUUCCCACCCAAGGCGAAGAUGUCGGUGGCCGUGUGCCGUGGCCCGGCCGUGCCGGCGUUCGAGACCCCCGCCUGGCUGCGCCCGGCUAAGCCGCACAAGCCGGAGGUGGUGGUGGCCGACGACCGGCCCGCUCAGGUCGACAUAUGGAAUGCCAUCCAGGCCGGCGUGGACAGCAAGGUGGCCGCCGCCAAGAAGCCGUACGUCAGCCCGCGCGUGCGACGGUCGAUGAGCCAGAAGAGCCUCGAGGUCUGCACCGAGAGCCUCGGCUGCGAAACCGGCUCCGGCGACUUCGACAUGUCCUGCCUCUUUGGCUCGCCGCUGCCGACGGCGCCCGUCGAGGCAGAGGAGUCCUUCUGGGAGAGCAGUGCCGCACAAGAAAGCUACCCGGCCGACGACCUCGUGGCGGUGAACUACCACUCCUCGGGCGGGAGACGGUCGCCGCGCCGCUCGUUCCCGCCGCCGCUGCCAUCCAUGUCGAGCCGCGAUGGGCCGUGUCUGAAGAUGUGCUCGCGCCGCCAGGACGGCCGCCUCGUCGUCGAGGCGGUGGUGGUGAGGCCGCGCGGGUACCUCCAGGCGAACCGCCAGGGCGGCCGCCUCUGCCUCUCCUUCAUCGAGUGCUCUGCUCGUGGCCAGAGCGCGGCGAGCAAGAGCGCCGCGCCGGCCGAGGCGUCCUACUUCCCGGUCGUGGAGGACAAGUGCGAGCCAGAGCAAGAGGUGGCCAUGCAGGUGGAGGAGGAGGAGGAAGACGAGGAGGAGGUGGAGGUCGUGGACAGAGGCACCAUGGUGGAGGUGAAGGUCAGCUCGCAGCCGCAGGCGCCCGCCGCCGCCAAGGUGCACCGGUCGACGCUCGUCAUCAACAAGUUCGUGGGCAGCACGCCCUUCACCUUCGAGCAGGCCCGGGGCCACGCCGACGCGCCGCACUCCGAGCCGUCCGCCCGCGAGGAAACCCCGACGCUGCGCCGGGUGCCCUCGUCCACGACGACGCUCGCGGCCGCGGUCGCGGUGGCGUCGACUGAGACCGGCGCGCCGCACACUCCCGUCGACGGCGAUGACAGUGACGAGGACGAGGACGAGUGCGGCGGACGGCACCACCCGUCGUCGGCCCUGGCCGCCGCCGACACGAAGCAGCAGCUGCUCCUGUUCACGUCGCGGCGGGGCGACAAGCACGACCUGCUGCAGAGCGUGCGCCGGUGCCGGCAGCUGCGGCAGAAGCCGCUCUUCAUCCUGGAGCAGUACUGCAUUGCCACCUCCUAAUCGCUCGCACGUGCGCUCGCCCGAAGAAAGCAAAACCACGAGACAAACACAUGUCCAAUCAAUCACCCAGCAUUUGCACUGCUGCUAAUGCGAUAGUUCGGUUGCCAGGCUUAAACUAUUCCCGUCCCAGAUCCCAGAUAGUUAGCCUAGCCAGUGGGAUAAUAACCUCAAUUAAUCCGUGGCCACAGUGGCUGCUGGCUGCAUGCAUGCCGGGCUUUUUUGUGACACAUGCCGCCCAUGUGUCGCUCUUUUUUCCCCGAUCGAUCGAUCGGUCGGGUCGCCGUUUGGUCCCGGUGCAUGCAGCGGCUAGCUCUGGUUCCGGCCGGCGUGACCGUAGCACUGCACUCGUGAUGUAUUUCCAGUGUGAUUUGAGUAAUUAUUCAAUGAAAUUAACAGAUUGUUGGCUGUAUAA